AUGUUCUCGAGGGAUGCUCUGAGAAUUUUGGAAAAUGGUAACUUGUCGGAGUUGGAGCUGUCUUCGGAUGAUGAGGAUGUAGGAAAUAAUAAUGUCCCAUACACGAAACAUGUUCGGUUGGGCGCCGAUGAGCUUAUCAAUGCAUCUACUACUGAUCGAGAAUCAAAACGUUUGAGUCCUAGUGUUGAUUCCUGGGCUACAGUGACUGUGGAUGGCAAGAGUAAUGUUGAUGACAAGCCUCAAACUUCUAGGGAUUUUGAUAAGGAGCAGUCAACAUCAACAGCAUCGACAUCCAACAAAACCAUUUGUCUCUUUUGUGACCAUAGCCAAAAAAGAUGUGGGAAGAAGCUGGUUAAUCUUAUUUUCCCUCAGAGUGACAAAGUACCACUGCAGAUAACAAAUAUGGCCAACAAUUUUGGUGAUUCGGUGAUUCUUUCCAAACUUCAACAUCAAACUGUUGCAUACCAUCAGCCUUGUUACGCAGCGUAUCAGUCAAGAAAGAAGCGGUCCAUCGAAGAAUCUACCGAUUCCAGCUACAGUAAAUAUAGGCAGUUUCAUCAGUUAGCCUUUGAAUCGAUAUCGAAUUUCAUUGAAAUGGAAAUAAUAGACAACAACAAGGUUAUGUACUUGGCUCAAUUAUUUUUAAGAUACCAAGCUUUACUGUUAGAGUUCGGAAAUCAUGAAAUUGAUUUUGACGAUAUACAAGAUUAUCGAAUUGAAACCUUGCAAAAAAAAUUAUUGAAUAUAUUUGGUGACCGUAUUACGUUUGAAGCGUCGAGUGGAUUACGUAACAAAAAAAUUGUAUACAAAACAGACAUCGAAAUUUCUGUUAUGGCAAAUAGUGUAAAGUUUUUGGAGGCAAAAAAUGAUUGCAAAUUUGAAGAUGUUGCAUAUUAUUUGAGAAGCUGCAUUAAAAAUAUGGAUGUUCGUCGGCUUCCUCGCAACGUAACUGCUGAUGACAUCAUUCGAGGAGAAUGUGAUAUUCCUGAACAAUUCAUUGAUUUUAUGCAAAAUCUUAUCCAAGGGCCUAUGUUUCUGAUGUCUAUCGGAAAAACUGAAAGUUAA